UCUUUCCACGUGCUAUGAGCAGGAAGCGCAAGCAGCGGCCGCCUCCUUCCACCGAGGCUGCGGGCGGCGACCCGCUGGCCGCCACGCUUGCCCGCUGGCUCAAGAGCCGCGGCGUCGUCUGGUCUAGCGCGCGCGUCGCGACAACGAGGGAGGGCGUGGUGGCGGGCUACGGCUGUGUCGCGCUCCAGCCUCUGCGGCGAGGCGAGGAGCUCUUCCGCGUGCCGCGCGCCGCGUGCCUCGGCGCAACCUCCGCGGGCGCCGACGCGGACGUCACGGACGGCGACUGUCAGCGGCGCCUCGCCCUCGCGCUUCUCGAGGCCACUGCCGACUGGGCGCCGUUCCUCGCGAUGCUGACGCCGGCGCGGUGCCCGUGGGUGUGGAGCGAGUCGGAGCGGCGGCUGCUCGACGGCACGGAGCUCGAGCCCGUCGUCGAGGCCAAGCUCCGCGCGCUCGCCGAGGAGCACGCCUCGCUCCCGCAGGCCGUGGCGGAGGCCUGCGGCGCGGAGCGGUACGCGGAGCUCUGCGCGCUCGCCGCGUCGCACGCCAACCCGUGGUGGGGCGGCUGCAUCGCCCCCUUCAACACGACGCUCAACUGGGCGCGCCGGCCAAACGUCUCCUUUGAGCCGCGCGGCUCGAAGUGGGUGGUGGGCGUCGCGACGAGGCGCAUCCGCGCGGGCGAGGAGCUGACCCAGGCCUACGGCGGCGCCACGGCACGCCCUCGCCAUGCCUGCCUCGGAUGUGCCUCGGAUGGCAGUCGUGCCGCGCCACCUGACGUGCCUGGCGCUGCGGACUUGGUAGGCGGACCUCGUCUACAGGUGCGGCUUCGCCCCGCCCCCCGCCGC